UCUAGCAAUACAUUCAUCAGAUACAACUCAAUAGUAAACCUGCAUUGUAUGGAUUUGCUGAAAAAUGCACUUUAUUUGUAAGAAUUGGUUGUAUUUGAUGAUUUACUAGCUGGUGCAACAAUUUUAUUUUUAUCUGCAAAUACACAUAAGUUUGCUAGCUGCAAUCUAGCUGCAUUUUUUUUCUUUACUAGUGCAUCCUGGUUUCUGUUUAUGUACAUUGCCUUGAGAGAAGCCUGUUUUUGUUAAAUAUGCUGCUUUAAUAAUACAAUGUAAUAUUACUGCUUGCUUGUUGCUAAAGUGUAUUUUCCCCUUAUUAAUUUGGGGCCCCUUUUGGGAAGCAGAGUAACUGUGUACUGUGUAUAAUAUGAUCUAGCCAAAACCUCACAGCUACAUAUUUAUAUAUGUGAUAAACCUGGUACUGUAAAGACAUAUCCCACAGAAUAUUUUUAGUAGGGACAAUUGCCAAAUUAUCUUGAGAUUAUCAAACAUAAUUUUCAUUGGGUCCCUCUUUUUUAAUUUUAUUUAUGGGAUCAAAUUCUGUGGUUCAUAGACAAGUAGCAUUUUAUUUUUACAUGCCAGUAUGUUGUGUAGAAUGUUGUUUGUUGCAUCUGUUUCUUUCAUAUUGCAGACGUAUCGCCGUGGAUUUUGAGGGCUAGCCGAUGUGGCGAAGCCACGAUGGAUCAUUAAAAUGGGUCUUACAGUACUACAAUUGUGUUGCUGUGAAUUUGACUCUUGUAACUCCGGAGAAGGCUAUUAAACUGGCUGCCAAUGACUUCUUCAGACACCAUUUGGCAAAAGAUGGGAAAAAACUAACGUUGUCCAAAGAAAUGCUGGCAGGAGGUGGUGCUGGGACAUGCCAGGUUAUUAUCACUACACCAAUGGAAAUGCUAAAGAUUCAGCUACAGGAUGCUGGGAGACUCGCAUCUUGUCAGAAGUCUGUUACAGGGAUACCGAGCGUUCCUCAUGGCACAAAACAUUUAAAUGCCAUUCCUGUACUAUCAAGAGCUUACAAUGUUGGACCUACUUUAAUAGCUCACAAGAUGUCUGCUUCACAAAUUGCUGCUGAGCUUUUCCGUAAUGAAGGUGUUAAAGGACUUUACAAAGGAUUGGGUGCAACCUUAUUGAGGGAUGUUCCUUUCUCCAUGAUCUACUUUCCAUUGUUUUCCAACUUAAAUAAACUGGGGCAGUCCUCUGUGGAUGGCAAGGUGCCUUUCCAUCAUUCAUUCUUUGCGGGCUGUAUUGCUGGCUGUACAGCAGCUGUUUCUGUCAAUCCUUGUGAUGUAAUAAAGACACGCCUUCAGUCUUUGCAUAAAGGAGCUAAUGAAGAGAUGUACACUGGAAUAACAGAUUGUGCCAGGAAGAUUUGGGUGAAAGAGGGUCCAUCUGCAUUUCUGAAGGGAGCGGGGUGUCGUGCCUUGGUCAUUGCACCUCUCUUUGGAAUAGCACAAGUUGUAUACGUCCUUGGUGUUGGAGAAGCUGUUCUAGAGUUUGUAUAGUUUAACAGUUUAACGACCCAGUAACUCAAGCAUUCCACGGGACUAAAAACCUCAUGAAGAAUGGCUUCCACUAUGUUGGUGAGGUUUUGGGAUAUUCAGAUGAACCUGAAUUUGUUGGAAAGCUUUCUCUUGGCACUAAAUUGAUUGGGUCUCGGUAUCCUCUUCUUUUGUAGGUUCCCCUAGUCUGUUUUUUGGCACUUUUCCACAAACAUUUGCACCAUUUAGCUGAAUAGCACUUUUUUCUGCAGUGAUGACACAGAUGGUUUAGUAAGGGAAAUAUAUAUUGAUGAACAUUCCCUUUUUUCAAGUUUGGUCUUUGGGUCAUUUCAACGUUGGUAGUAAUGAGAUGGAUUUUUGUAGGUCAAGAAAGUUGGUAAAUCAGAAAUGUUGAAGUGUGUUUUGGCUAUCUCCAAACACUGUAUUUGGAUGAUAUACAGUAUAGUUACAGUAUACAUUGUAGUUAUAUUGUAUUUCUGCUUCCAUUUGCGAUCUAUAAAUGCAGCUAUGUGGAAUAUAGUGAUCACGCAUGUUCUCUUUUUUUGGGGGGGGGGGGGGGUUGUGAAAACAAAGGAGUUACUGGUUCACAGGGGCCAAUUCUAUUCUGACAUAAGUAUCUCACGGUGUAAAUGUUUAAUGGCGGAACUUGGAAAUUCCUUUGGGCAGCUACGAGGAGAGUAUUACGGUUUAAAUCGUACAUACUUUGUAUAUAUUUCAAUGUCUGGGGAGUAUUGUCUUCACUAAACUUAAACACAGAUUGGUUGAUAAAUUAGAAUCGAAGUCACAACUAUACAAGUAUUGAGUGGCUGAACAAUUGUAGUCCUGUUGGCAACUGGGACAAAGUACAUGGGUGCUCUGUGUCCAUGGCAGUGAGACUCGGUUCAGUUCCAGUUAAGACAGCAUAUGUAUACUGGAAGGGUUAACUUGAUGUGAACAAAGCUGUGCACAAAUGCAAGUUCAGGUAACGCCUCCCUUCCCUGGCUGUCUAGCUGCUCUGGAACUUGAAACCUCAGCCAUUUUUUAUUACAGCUCCGAAUCUUGAUACAUUUUUUAUAUCAACACGUGUUUUGUAUAUGCAGUUAUCAGUGUUUUUUUUUUUUUUUUGUUUUUUUUUCCUACCUAUUAUUAUGUGUAUAAAGAGGUGCAUUUUGUUUUGGAUUUCAUAUUACCACAAAAGUAUAUAUUUUUUAUCUUAUUUUUUUUUUUUAAAUGUAUAACUUUCACCAGUUUCUGGCGGAACCUUUUUUUUUUUUUAAUAUAAAUGUAGCCAGACCGUGGCGCCUAAAGAAGAAAACGCAGGAGUCUGAUAUGUUGGCAAGCAAUAAAGUUUAAACUGUAAUGGUUUAUACAAUGAAAAGACAAGAAUCUGUACAAGCCAAUAGAGUAUGGACUACUAAGAUCUACUAGUGUGGCAGUAGUUUAAAAAAAUGGCACUUACAAUAAAAUCUUGUACUGUAUAGAUAAGCAUAGCUUUCAUUCACAUAUUUAAUGCAUUUCAUUCACCCCCAAUGCGUGUUCGAUGCCUUUUAAAAAAAAAAAAAAAAAAGUUUG